AUGUCUGAACCCAGUAGCACUACCUUGUAUUCCCCCUCCACUUUCGUGUCUGGCAUCUCUGAGCCAUCUCCUGUCACUCCGAAGAAACCUAGGCCUCAGACGAUGCAACCUCAGCAGCGACUUGUCGAUUUGACUGAGCAGCCGCCACGCAAAAGACGGUCGUCGCGUCCUUCUACCGCUCCUUCUAGCUUCGCACAUGUUUUCGACGAGAACGCCCUUCCGACAAAGAGGCAGCUGCUAGAUGCAGCGUCUUGUGUUGUCGUGGCUGAAAACGGCAUUAGAGUUCCAUUUGGCGACCUCUUCCGGGAUCAGAAGACGGUCGUUAUAUUUAUCAGACACUUCUGGUGUCCGAUGUGUCAAGACUAUAUGUUUUCUAUCGCCAAUACUGUAGAUCCACAAGUACUCAAGCAGUCAGGAAUAAACCUUGUAAUCAUCAGCAAUGGCUCGUACAACAUGAUCAAAUCUUACCGACAGAUCUUCCGGACGCCCUACGCGGUGUAUACCGAUCCUUCUUCUCGCCUCUAUGGCAUUCUGGGAAUGACUUUGAGGUCGGUCGAGCCAAAAUCAGAACGUCGCGGUAGCUACGUCCGACAUGGUCGUGCGGGGGGCAUUGCAAUGGUCAUCGCGAAUGCUCUGCGUGUCGGCAUGCCGCUCUGGGAGAAAGCCGGCGAUGUCACUCAGCUUGGUGGCGAGUUUGUCCUCGGACCCGGAAUGACGGCAUCGUACGCGCACCGCAUGCGAAGUCGCAGCUCGCAUGCGCCUAUCGUUCGGGUGCUCACGGCUGCAGGUGUGCAUGUUUAUCUCCGUAGCGAGAAGCCGAAACCUGUUGUCUCAUCUGAUCCGGCCGGCCGGGCCUCUCUCGUUCUUGAGGUGGAUGAAGAACAAUGGAUGGAGGAGCGACGCCGGAGUCUUGCCAGAAUCCGCGAGCGGAAACGGGCCCGGAGAUUAGGCGUCAGCGUACCUCCCAGCAGCGACUCCAGCUCUGAGCAAGAUGCGGGACGUCGAAUC